UUCUUCCUCACUUCAAAAUCUCAACUCGCUUUUAUCUCUAUAUACAUCAAAAUCAAAAAUCUCUUACCAACAAAAAUAACAAACACAUCGUUAAUCUGUUAACUCAAUUAAUCGUCUUCUGUUAUUCAAUGGCGGUUGAUGCUAUGUGUUCGCCGUUGGGACCUCCGGCGUGUGAGAAAGAUGCAAAGGCGCUUCAGUUCAUUGAGGAGAUGACGAGAAACGCCGAUGCCGUUCAGGAGAAUGUUUUGGCGGAGAUUCUUCGCCGGAAUGCUGAAACGGAGUAUCUCCGGCUUUACAAUCUCGGAGGCGCUACCGAUCGUGAAACUUUCAAGUCUAGAAUUCCGAUGGUAACUUAUGAGGAUCUUCAGCCGAUCAUCCAACGCAUUGCCGACGGCGAUCGAUCUCCAAUUCUUUCUGCUCAUCCGAUUUCUGAAUUCCUCACUAGCUCCGGUACUUCCGCCGGUGAACGAAAGCUCAUGCCUACGAUUCGAGAAGAGUUGGAUCGACGCCAACUACUUUACAGUCUUCUCAUGCCUGUCAUGAACCUGUACAUGCCCGGUUUAGAUAAGGGUAAAGGACUGUACUUCUUGUUCGUCAAGUCCGAAACAAAGACUCCGGGUGGGUUAUUGGCCCGACCCGUUUUAACAAGCUACUACAAAAGUGACCACUUCAAGACCCGGGCUUUUGACCCAUAUAACGUGUACACCAGCCCAAACGAAGCAAUUCUUUGCCCCGAUUCGUUUCAGAGCAUGUACUCCCAGAUGCUCUGCGGACUUUACGAGCGUGAACAAGUCCUCCGCCUUGGUGCCAUCUUCGCCUCCGGUCUCCUCCGUGCCAUCCGCUUCCUCCAGCUGAAUUGGCCGGAGCUCGCCCAUGAUAUCCGUACCGGAACACUCAACUCCAAAAUAUCAGACCCCGACAUCCGACGAUGCAUGACACGGGUGCUAAGAUCCGACCCUGACCUUGCGGAUUUUAUUGAAUCCGAAUGCUCAAAGGACAAUUGGGAAAGGAUUAUCACGCGAAUGUGGCCUAACACCAAGUACUUGGAGGUCAUCGUCACCGGAGCAAUGGCUCAAUACAUUCCGACUCUCGAUUAUUACAGCGGCGGGUUACCGAAAGUUUGCACCAUGUACGCCUCUUCGGAGUGUUACUUCGGACUCAAUCUCAACCCCAUGUGCAAACCCUCGGAAGUUUCCUACACCAUCAUGCCAAACAUGGCGUACUUUGAGUUUCUUCCCCAUGACUCAAAUUCUCCGACUGACGCCACCAGUGACAAACUGGUUGACCUUGUGAACGUGGAAGUCGGAAAAGAAUACGAGCUUGUAAUCACGACGUACGCCGGUCUAUGUAGGUACCGAGUCGGCGAUAUCCUGAGAGUCACCGGAUUCCACAAUUCCGCCCCGCAGUUCCACUUUGUGAGACGAAACAAUGUACUUCUGAGCAUCGAUUCCGAUAAAACCGACGAGGCGGAGUUACAAUCGGCGGUGGAGAAUGCAUCAAAACUGUUAAACGAAUUCAAAACCAGCGUCGUGGAAUACACAAGCUACGCAGAUACAAAAACAAUCCCAGGGCAUUACGUGAUCUACUGGGAGUUAUUAGUUAAAGAUUCAGCGAAUUUUCCAAAAGAUGAGGUGCUUGAAAGGUGUUGUUUGGCGAUGGAGGAAUCGUUGAAUUCGGUUUACAGACAGGGUCGGGUCGAAUGCAAUUCAAUCGGGCCGUUGGAGAUCCGAGUAGUGAAAAAUGGUACAUUCGAGGAGUUGAUGGAUUAUGCAAUCUCACGAGGGGCAUCAAUCAAUCAGUAUAAAGUUCCACGGUGUGUAAACUUCACACCAAUCAUGGAACUGCUUGACUCCAGAGUAUUGUCAUCGCAUUUCAGUCAAAGUUUGCCUCAUUGGACACCCGAACGACGUCGUUGAACAGGUGAUUGUUUAGUUGUCAGUUGUCACACGAAACCGACCAUAUAUCCAAGUCAAAUGUAAGAAAGAUUCGUUGAUUUAGGGUUUGUUUUUUUAUUUUUAUUUUGUGUGGGUGAUUAAUUUGAUUAUUGAUUAAUCAAAGUAAAUCAAUCCAAUCACCUAUGGCCACGUACCCACGUACGUAUAGUUUAUUAGUUUAUUAGAUGAUUUAAGAAAACAGGUAUCUUUUAAUUUGUAUGUUUUCUCACAAAUAAGAACCUGUAACUACGUUGUGUAGUUUCCUUUUACAA